AUGGCGACGCCAUCUUCUUCCUCCACUAACAAAGGCGAAACCAGGCCUAAUCAUAAUACUAUGUCUACUCAAGGCGGUGCAAGUGCCGUUCCCACGGCAGCCAACAACGCCGGGGGAGGCAGUGGCUGGGGAGACAAGAGCUUCACCAAGGGAGGAGGAGGGCAAGAGGGAGAAGACACGAACGGUCCUUGUGUCUCCGGAGAUCAUUCUUUCGCGCGGCAUGCGCCUGGAUCUUCGCACGGAGUGUCGGCGAAACUUUCGAAUCUUGUGCACACGUGA